UCUAUUGAUCUGGACUCCUGCGUAGGCGAGUGGACAGACGGACAGACGCCAUGAGGGCUCUGCUGCUCCUGGGGUCCCUGGUGGUGAUCCUGGAACCAGCGCUUAUGACCCCACGUUGGAAAGACCUCAGGGUGCCUAAGCCGGUAGAAGAUGAACACACAGUGGUUCUCACUGUCACUGGGGAGCCCUGCUACUUCCCUUUCCAGUACCGCAGGCAGCUGUAUCACCAGUGCACCCGCAGGGGCCGAAUUGGCUUCCGGCCCUGGUGUGCUACUACCCCCAACUUUGACCAGGACCAACGAUGGGGAUACUGCCUGAAGCCCCAGAAAGUGCAAGACCACUGCAGCACACACAACCCCUGCCAGCAGGGCGGCACCUGUGUGAACAUGCCAGACGGCCCUCGCUGCAUCUGUCCAGAACACUUCACUGGGAAGCACUGUCAGAGAGAGAAGUGCUUCGAGCCCCAGCUUCUCCAGUUCUUCCACGAGAAUGAAACGUGGCAUAGGCUUGAGCCGGCAGGCGUGGCCGAGUGCCAGUGCCAAGGCCCCCAAGCCCACUGCAAGCCCCUGGCCAGCCGGGUCUGCAGCAACAACCCAUGCCUCCACGGCGGCCGCUGCCUCGAGGCGGAGGGUCACCGUCUGUGCAGUUGUCCCGAGGGCUACGCGGGACGCUUCUGCGACGUGGACAAAGAGGCCAGCUGCUACGAGGGCCUUGGGUUCGGCUACCGAGGCGCUGCUGGGACCACGAUCUCGGGCGCGCGGUGUCAGUCUUGGUCGUCGGAGAUCACUUACCAGAACCUGACUACAGAGCAAGCACUGAAUCGGGGACUGGGCCACCAUGCCUUCUGCCGGAACCCAGACAAUGACACCCAGCCGUGGUGUUUCGUGUGGAGCGGCAACCGGCUGAGCUGGGAAUAUUGCGACCUAGCACGAUGCCAAGCCCCAACCCUAGCAGCGCCCCAGACCCAGUCUCCAUCACGGGGACCCUUUGUGGACCUGGAGCUCCCCCUACCCUCGCGUUCAGCAUGGCCAGAGCCUCAGGUCACGACCCAGACCCCAGCCUUGGGCGCGAGGCCGAAGCCCCCCGUGCUCUGGGAGGAGAUUCUGGCGAGCCCCCCCGUGCUCUGGGAGGAGAUUCUGGAGAGGCCACCCGUGCUCCAGGAGGAGAUACUGGAGCUGCCCUGGGACGAGAUGCGUGGGAGCCACCCCAAGGACGGAACCGGCCCGGCCACCUGCGGACAGAGGCUCCGGAAAGGGCUGUCCUCCUGGAAACGCGUCGUCGGGGGACUAGUGGCGCUGCCCGGCGCGCACCCCUACAUCGCCGCGCUGUACUGGGGCCACAGUUUCUGCGCCGGCAGCCUCAUCGCCCCUUGCUGGGUGCUGACCGCAGCUCACUGCCUGCAGAACCGGCCACAAUUCGAGGGGGCGGAGGAAUAUGCCAGCUUUCUGCAGGAGGCGCAGGUGCCGCUGAUCCCUCACGAGCACUGCUCCGACCCUGAUAUGCACGGCAACGCCUUCUACCCCGGCAUGCUCUGUGCUGGUUUUCCCGAGGGGGGCACCGACGCGUGCCAGGGUGACUCCGGGGGUCCGUUGGUGUGUGAGGAGGGCGACAAAGGGCGUCGGCUCACCCUUCGAGGCAUCAUCAGCUGGGGCUCGGGCUGUGGCGACCGUAACAAGCCGGGUGUGUACACCGAUGUGGCCAACUACCUGACUUGGAUCCGUGAGCACAUGGCUUCCUGACCGCUCAGGGACUCCUCUUUUCCUCCUCGGUGGUUCUGGAAUGGGAGGAUGGCUGGGCCCGAUCCCGGACCGCAAGGAUGUGUUCCAGCGCCGUCAGUCCGUCAGUCCGGCCCCAGGCACGGAGUAAACACUCAAUAAAGUGCUUUGGAAAUGCU